CAGCAACAACAGCAACACAACAUACACUCACAUACACAACCGGUCUCGCCCGUCGAUACAAGAGACCGCGGAACAGCACGACGCCAGCAGUCCGAUGGCGAGCUCCGCCUACGAGUGCCUUCUCGACAUGCCUUAGACGAGCGAUCAGGUCUGCUUGCCAACCCAGACUCAGCACCAGGCGGAUACAAGAGCAUCCAUGGAGGCACCAGUGCUCCUGGCACGCCUCGGUAUGGCUUCGCACGAGCGCAUAGCUAUAUUAACUCUAUUCGCGGAGGCAGUCGACGAAGCUCGUUUGCCCGUGGCUUGAUGAAUGCUUUGGGUGGUCAAAAUCAGGAUCCGGAAGCUCGAGGAGGCCGACUUGGGACUCGAGAGAGGCAGAAGCUAUAUUGGGAUGACCGUGUAUGGUACGAUCAAUUUACAUCGACCGACUGGGUGCAUGACAGCAUUGCGGAUGCUUAUCGUGUGAAAGAGCUUCGGAGCAGGCGAGACUUCAAAGGCAGAGUGCAUGCAUUUUUCGAUGGAGCUCAAGGAUGGCUCUUGGUCUUCAUCAUUGGAUGCAUCACUGCUGGUUUUGCCUAUAUGAUCGAUAUCACAGAAGCCACGAUUUUCGACUACAAGAGCGGCUAUUGCUCAACAGCAUGGUGGCUCAACAAGCGAAAAUGCUGCAGUGGUGCCAGCAUCUGCGACGAAUGGUCACUAUGGUCGAGUCUCUUUAACCGGGAAGGCGAACGCGAGAUUUGGGUUGACUUCGCAGCGUUCAUACUCUGGUGCGUGGGGUUGUCGCUCAUAAGCUGUAUCAUCACUCUUCAGACCAAGACCAGCAUUUCGUCUGCGAUCUCGCUGUCGACGCUGGACGAGAACCUGGCUGCAGAUCACCACGAUCCAUCCAAGUCACGCUCAGAGGGCGGACCACUUAGCGGAUACACAAGUGGUUAUGUCAGCCCAACCCAACGCUUCAAGGAGGCAGUACAGCGGCCGCCAGUGACCUACUAUCCUGCCGCUGGUAGUGGUGUAGCAGAAGUGAGGGUCAUUCUUUCAGGCUUCGUGUUGCACGGCUACCUUGGUCUACGCACGCUGGUGUGCAAAACCGUCGGUCUUGUUCUCAGCGUCGGAUCUGGAUUGUCAGUCGGCAAGGAAGGACCCUACGUCCACAUUGCCACAUGUAUUGGCAAUAUCGCGACACGUUUGUCAAGCAAGUAUCGGAACAACGAUGCCAAGCGACGUGAGAUCCUGUCUGCAUCUGCAGCUGCCGGUGUCGCUGUAGCAUUCGGCGCUCCCAUCGGCGGUGUCCUCUUCAGCCUGGAAGAAGUAAGCUACUACUUCCCUCCAAAGACGCUCUUCCGAACGUUCUUUUGUUGCAUUGCCGCUGCGCUCUCGCUGAAGUUCCUGAACCCAUACGGGACGAACAAGAUCGUGCUCUUCGAAGUGCGAUAUGUUACAGAUUGGAAGUUCUUCGAGAUCAUUGCAUUUGCGUGCAUCGGCGUUCUUGGAGGUGCUCUGGGCGCUCUCUUCAUCAAAGCUACCAGAAUUUGGGCGAAGACUUUCCGUCGUCUCAGCUUAAUCAAGCAACACCCCAUUAUGGAAGUCAUGAUCGUCGCUGUUGUUACCGGUGCGGUCAGCUUUUGGAAUAGGUACACCAGACUUCCGGUUGCUGAGCUGCUCUACGAACUAGCAGCACCAUGCGACAGCUUCUCGUCUUCAGAAUCCGCGUUGUGUCCCACCGAGGACCAGAUUCCCGCUACCAUCCGCUACCUUGUGAUCGCUUUUGUGGUGAAAGCCAUCCUCACGACCGUCACCUUUGGUAUCAAAGUGCCAGCUGGCAUUUACGUCCCGUCUAUGGUGGUCGGAGGCUUGCUAGGACGCAUCGUUGGCCACUUGGUGCAGUUGAUCACAAUCAAGUAUCCGGACCUGGCCUUCUUUGGCAACUGCCCAUCCGAUGGCAAUCCGGAGUCGUGUGUUGUCCCCGGCGUCUAUGCCUUGGUAGCUGCUGGUGCUACCAUGUGCGGUGUCACUCGUCUCUCAGUCACGCUGGCCGUCAUCCUGUUUGAACUCACAGGCAGCCUUGAGCACGUCCUGCCAUUCUCACUUGGAGUCUUGAUCGCCAAAUGGACCGCUGAUGCUCUCGAGCCGCUGAGCAUUUACGAUCUCCUGACGGACAUGAAUGCAUACCCUUACCUCGACCAUAAAGUUCGGCCUGUGUUUAGCACUGAUCUGGGCGACAUCACUCCAGAGCCAACGCCAAACAGAGUUAUAGACAUCACCAACUCAGCUCUGGUACCUGCUAAACAGCUACGCUUCAAGCUGGAGUAUCUUCACAUGGCAGGAGAGCUGGAUGGUGGACUUCCGCUCCUGAAAGAUGGAGUUCUGGUUGGACUCAUUCCUGGGCCUGAUCUCGAGUUUGCGCUAGACAGACUUGAGAGCGAGGAAGACACCAUGUGCCUCAUGAAUGCACACGAUCAAGCACUACACGACCUACACAUCAAUCGACCAAGCACCGCUGCCACGCUGGAGUCAGAUGACGAGGAUACUGCGCGAGAAGACAGUGGGGAGGAGAGAUGGCGGAGAAAGCCAAGCAGAACGGAGCAAGAAGACGAUCCCACGGACUUCACGCCAUACAUCGACCCAUCGCCUGUGGCACUCGACAUCACUAGUCCCAUGGACCUCGUGUUCGAAUGCUUUGCUAAGCUUGGCCUUCGAUACAUCUGCGUGCUGCACGAAGGCAAGUACGCGGGCAUGGUGCACAAAAAGGCAUUUGUGGCGUAUGUAAAAGCUGUGCAAGAUGAGCAGAGG